UGUUUCACGGAAAAGAGGGGUAUUUACAUAAGUUCCAGGGGAAAGGACUCCUGAAAGCAAUUCAGUAAGGUUUAUUCGAGGUCAUUUCACCAAAACAUCUGUGUGACUGAAACCGACAAGAUUUAGAAGCACUGCUCUUUGGAUCAUAGCUCGACAAUGGAGACAACCCUAGCAAAAACGCCAGAGAAAAGGCAAGUGGUUUUUCUUGCUAUAUUGUUUCUAUUAUGGGAGGUUGGUUCUGAGGCAAUUAGAUAUUCCAUGCCAGAAGAAAUGGAGAGUGGUUACUUGGUAGCUCACUUGGCAAAAGAUCUGGGCUUCAGCGUAGGGGAACUGGCCACUAGAGGGGCUCGAGUCCAUCACAGAGGAAACAAAGACCUCUUGCAGCUAGAUGUAGAGACAGGGAAUUUGCUCCUGAAGGAAAAACCAGAUCGCGAAGCACUGUGUGGGGCAACAGAACCCUGUGUGCUGUACUUCCAGAUCAUACUGGAAAACCCUGUGCAGUUCUUUCAAACAGAUUUGCAGCUCACAGAUAUAAACGACCAUUCUCCAGAGUUCCCUGACACAGAAAUGGUCCUAAAAAUUCAAGAAAUUGCCCAGCCAGGAACUGUGUUUCUUCUGAAGGCAGCUCAGGACUCUGACAUAGGAAGCAACGCUGUUCAGAACUACACAGUCAGUGCCAACCUCCAUUUUCAUGUCGUAACUCUCAGUCGCACAGAUGGCAGGAAAUACCCAGAGCUGGUGCUGGACAGAGCCCUGGACAGGGAGGAGCAGCCUGAGCUCACUUUAAUCCUCACUGCUCUGGAUGGGGGUGCUCCGCCCAAGUCUGGGACCACCACAGUUCGAAUUGAAGUCCUGGACAUCAAUGAUAAUGCCCCCCAGUUCUUACAGUCACUCUAUGCGGUGGAGGUCCCUGAGAACAGCCCCCUCAAUGCCUUAGUUGUCACAGUCUCUGCCAGAGAUUUAGAUGCUGGCAUACAUGGCAAUGUAGCCUAUUCUCUGUUUCAAGGCGGGGGAGGUCCUCAGCCAUUUGUAAUAGAUGAAAUCACAGGAGAGAUUCGUCUUAAAGGGGCACUGGAUUUUGAAGCAACUUCAUAUUAUACCAUGGAGAUUGUAGCCUCAGACAGUGGCGGUCUUUCAGGAAAAUGCACUGUAGCUAUCCAGGUGUUGGAUGUGAAUGACAAUGCCCCCAAACUCAUCAUAUCUUCACUCACUAGUUCCAUCCCAGAAAAUGCUCCUGAGGCUGUAGUUGCUGUUUUCAGUGUCUCUGACCCAGAUUCUGGGGAUAAUGGAAGGAUGGUGUGUUCUAUUCAGAAUGAACUUCCAUUUCUUUUGAAGCCUACAUUCGAAAAUUACUACACUUUAGUGGCAGAAGGGCCACUGGACAGAGAGAACAGAGAAGAGUACAACAUCACCAUCAUAGUCUCCGAUCUGGGCACACCCAGGCUCACAACCCAGCACACCAUAACAGUGCAGGUGGUGGACAUCAAUGACAAUGCCCCUACCUUCACCCAAACCUCCUACACCUUGUUUGUGCAAGAGAACAACAGCCCCGCCCUGCACAUAGGCACCAUCAGUGCCACAGACUCAGACUCUGGCACCAAUGCCCACAUCACCUACUCGCUGCUGCAGCCCCACGACCUCCAGCUGGCCCUUGCCUCACUGGUCUCCAUCAAUGCAGAUAACGGACAGCUGUUCGCUCUCAGGGCAAUGGACUAUGAGGCCCUGCAGGCCUUUGAAUUUCAUGUAAGUGCUACAGAUGGAGGCUCACCUGCGCUCAGCAGCCAGGCUCUGGUGCGUGUGGUGGUGCUGGAUGACAAUGACAAUGCACCCUUUGUGCUCUACCCGAUGCAGAACGCCUCUGUGCCCUGCACUGAGCUGCUGCCCAGGGCGGCAGAGCCUGGUUACCUGGUGACCAAAGUGGUGGCAGUGGACUUUGACUCUGGCCAGAAUGCUUGGUUGUCAUUCCAGUUGCUCAAGGCCACGGAACCCGGACUGUUUAGUGUGUGGGCGCACAAUGGCGAGGUGCGCACCACCAGGCUGCUGAGUGAACGAGAUGCACCCAAGCACAGGCUGCUGUUGCUGGUCAAGGAUAAUGGAGAGCCUCAGCGUUCUGUCAGUGUCACUCUUCAUGUGCUGCUAGUGGAUGGCUUCUCUCUGCCCUACCUGCCUCUGCCAGAGGUGCGGCAGGACUCUUCACAGGAAGAAGACUUGCUCACACUGUACCUGGUUGUUGCCUUGGCAUCUGUGUCUUCUCUCUUCCUCCUGUCUGUGCUGUUGUUCGUGGGGGUGAGGCUGUGCAGGAGGGCCAGGGAGACCUCUCUGGGUGCCUGCUCUGUUCCUGAGGGGCACUUUCCUGGCCACUUAGUGGACGUCAGCGGUAUGGGGACUCUGUCCCAGAGCUAUCAGUAUGAGGUGUGUCUGAGCGGAGACUCUGGGACAACAGAUUUCCAAUUCCUGAACAUUAUUCGCAAUAGUGUCCUUCAGGAAUCUAACUAAAUUUCAGUGUUAGGAUCACCCAG